UCUGCACCGUUAAGAUGCUCAAUUGAUGGGCGUACUGAGCUGUGCAGUGAAAGGAGACACCCUUACGUGUUUCAUUGUAGCAAAACAAAACCAUGUCCUGUCCUGCUCAUAUGAGUGCUUGUUGCGGGUUUCAGGUUUGCGGUACCCUUCCCGGAGCUCGGCUGGUUUUUCUUCCUGCGCGCGGCGACAAGCGGGUUGGACGAUGCUAUUGCGGCGUUUUAAAGGGAAAAAAGCUCCUGACAGAAUAACAACACAGGGCAGUGCAUCGCCGCUAGCACCACAUAUCAGUGUUUUAAUAGUUUAAUCCGGAUGAAGGUAUUUGCCUGUGAUCUCGUGGACUCGGACAACGCGGGUACUUUUGGGGGAAUUUGGCUGAAACGCACCUGCCGCGAGAUAACGGAGCAACCCGGAGCACAUGGACAUCUGUUCCCUGGACCUCAAAUCGGACACAUCUAGAGUGUUUUCUCUUGUUACGCCGCCAUGGAGCAUUCACAGUUUUAUAAUCUACAUCGGUUUAGUAUUGACUCGUCGCGGUGCUUCAAACCAACCCGAGUGUGAGGAUGACAGCUGAUCGCCCCUCCUCUCCCAGCAGGACUUAAAUAAAAAAAUAAAAAUAAAAAAAACGCGCUCCAUCUGAAUUGGAAGUCAGAGUCUCAGUUCCAGCCUAGUGUUUAACAAUAGAUGGAGCGCACUGGGGCUGUGGCAUUCUGGUCCACUGCCACCUUAACCUUUCCCUGAUCAGGUUACCUUCGCACUUACCAAUCCGGCAUUAGCCUAUGUCAUAGCCUAUUUCACCGAAAGGCCUUUUUUUAAAAAUUUGAUUUGUACUCAUCAGGAAAGAUUGAAAUCGUCCGUGUUGUGCAGGGGGGUGGGGGGGGGGGGGCGGAGCGGGGUAAAAACGCUCUUUUCUUGUGAGGAAGUGCUGCUGCGUGUUUCUGUGGAGAUGCUCUGUCCGACUGCCUCUCCAAGUGGAAACUAAAUUUCUCUUCUUGCUCUUUGGUACUUUUCGUUAAACCCCCAUGGCCGGGGAUGAUCCUUGAGUAGCCGAUAAAAUAAUCAGCGUCGCGGUGUCAGCAAAGGCUUGAGCUACAGGGGGAUUUGUGUAGAUUAUCGCCGGACUGCUAUUUUGUUCCCUUGGUCACACUCUUAACUGAACUUUGCGGCUUUUGAUCUGCAGCCUUUUCCCUGCUGCCCCCCCAUCAGCCGCCUGGAAUCUCCAGCAAGGAAAGCCUGUUUACAAGCCACGCUAUUCAUUGAGAAAGAGUACGGGGGUGAGGGGGGUGGUGGGGUGGGUUGGGGGGGGAAUCGGUUUUUGCAUUCAUAAGCAAUGACUGCCACAGAGAUGUCUGGACCCAGAUCUGAGGAUAGUUCGGCUCAUUUGUCUUGUUUGUUUUGAGGCUGUCUGCAGUUAACGCUCCUUGUUUACUGGGCCGGGUCACAUGCCGACGCUGUGACCGGGAGAAGGUAGCCCCGUUAGUAGAGAGUGGAAAAAAGAAAAAAACACAGCAGCGCCAGAGCGAACACUUUUCCGGACCCGUUUUGACUAUCUACCGGGCGGCUACCGGAGGAUGUGUGAGCCAGGAUGCUGCGCUUCCCCGUGAAGAAGAUCCGGAAGCAGUUCAAGCUCCUGCUGCUGCUGGUACUGCUCACCUCCGCCGUGUGGUUCACCUACCUGCACAUCAACCAAGGCAAGACCAUCAAGCUCCACUUCAACUACGGGAAAGAUGGAGAGAGACAGACGGAGGGGACGGACGCCAGCCGCAAGAGGGACACUCGCUCCUCAGCCGGGCACCACAAGAGUGAGGACACCAGCGACAGCAGGGAGGACGACGCUGCAGAUGAUGAGCCAAUCACAGGAGGGGCUGACGGCAGAGACCAUGCCCACAUCCGGAAGUUCCUUAGCCAGCACCACAAGAAAUUGCCAUGGAAACCGGAGUAUAAGGGCCAGGCCAACCUGCAUGUGUUUGAAGACUGGUGUGGCUCCUCUAUAGCCCAACUCAGAAAGAAUCUGCACUUCCCUCUCUACCCUCAUACCAGAACCACAUUGAGGAAGCUGGCAGUGGCUCCAAAGUGGAAGAACUAUGGCCUGAGAAUAUUUGGCUUCCUUCACCCAUACAGAGACGGUGAUUUCCAGUUCUCUGUAUCAUCUGAUGAUAACUCUGAGUUCUGGCUGAGCCCUGAUGAGAGCCCUCUCAAUGCCAGGCUGCUGGUCUAUGUAGGACAGCUGGGUACAGAGUGGACCGCUCCAGGCGAGUUCAGCAAGUUCAGGUCCCAGUCCUCCAAGUCUGUGCACCUAAUCUCAUCCAGACAAUACUACUUUGAGAUCCUCCACAAGCAGGAUGACAUGGGCUCGGAUCACGUAGAGGUUGGGUGGCGUCCAUUCCUCCCUGGUCUGAAAUAUGAAGUGAUAGACUCAGCCUACAUCUCCCUGUACACAGACGAGUCCAAUCUGAAGAUGAACAGUGUGGAUCACAUCCCCCAGACCUUGGCCAGUCACAUCCGUCUCCCAGAGGUGUCUCUGCCCCAGGGUCUGGAGAGAGGCAGCAUCAUGCAGCACGGAGCGGAUAUGCUGAAGCCGGACCCCAGGGACACCUUUUACAGCACUCCUAUGAUCAACCCCUCCCGAUUGGAAAAUGUUCUUCCGGCCUGUCUCUACUCUCCAACCUAUGUAGUGAAAGACUUUCCCAUCGCCAGAUACCAGGGCCUGCAGUUUGUGUAUCUAUCCUUCGUUUACCCCAAUGACUUCACACGUCUCACACACAUGGAGCGAGAAAACAAGUGUUUCUACAGAGAGUCCCCUAUCUACUUGGAGAAGUUUGGUUUCUACAAAUAUAUGAAGAUGGAUGAGGAGGACGAUGACAGACCGUUCUUCUUCCCCAACCCAGAUGAUUUUCUAGAGGAAGAGGAGGUGGUGGAUACAGAGGACGAGGCAGAGAUCGUUGGCACACAGCCGCCCAAGAAGCCCUCUCAUCCGAGCCAGACCAGUCACACCUCCAACCCCUCCCAUCAGCACUCAAACCCUGUGCCCACACAAGCUGUCAGAGAAGGGGAAGAAGAGGAAGAGGACCCUGAUGAAGAGGAGAAAGGAGCAGUCAACAGUAUCAUAAUCCGCAGAGAAAGGAGACACUUUCCUCGCAGAGAUGGACAGAUUGGUAGGGAUCUGGACAAAGACUGGGGAAGAGAUCAUACAAGAGGAAACAUUAGACAGGACAUCAGGAAGGGACAUGAAGAGCCCCAACCCAGGGUGCUUCAGCCUGACAUGGACAGUGGGGUCCGGGGCCGCUCCCUGUCUUGGAUCCGCACUGGUCCUGCAGAGCUGGGCCCUGGCAGGAAAGGAGGAGGAACAGGCGGUGGAGGAGGAGAAGAGGGCGCAGAGAAGGGAGCUGAGACUCCACCUAAACUGAGCAAGUCUUCACUGCUAUUCCCCCAAAAGUCCUCCCUCUCUGCCCUCGCCAGCCGAGCCAAGCAGAUCCUCAGCAACUCUGCCCAUAGCGACAACCUCCAAAUGAACAACAACAAGCUUGCUGGAAACAAGAAGGAAAAACGAGAGGAGAACAAGAUCUACAUCACCAGGCCCCGACCUGCCAAGGAGAGGGAGAGGAACAGGGAGAGGGAGAGGGAGCAGCGUCGAGAGAGGAGGGAGGAAAGGGCAUCUCGCCACCCUAGGGAGGUGUUCCCAGGGGUCUUUCUGUACCAAACUGGGAAGACCACAAGGCUGGUCAACCUCGGUGCCAAAGGACAUACUGGGGGAGGCAUAACAGGAGGAAAAAGUCUUGUUAGUUCUCCUCAGCUCUGGCCCAUCCCCCCCACAAAAGAAGGUAAGACAUCUCCUCAGAAUGGAAGCAUCGGUAUUCAGAAUGAAAGUGUACAGAAGCCUGCCAUCAGGGCAGCAGGGGCAAAACAUCUAGAGAAAAGCAAGAGGAAAGGGGAGCACCGGCAUUCAAAGAUUAGUCCUGCUGAACUACCCAGCAAAGGAACUCCACUGUCCCAUCAUCAAGAUCCCCCUCUCCCUCCAGUUACCCCACCAAGGUUAAACUCCACAGAAAACACGCUCCAAGGUCAAUCACGGGUCACCUCUUACCUCAAGACCUCCGAGAUCACUGAGUCCCAGCAGCAGCCAGACCCGGACCCAAACCCAGCAGAAUUUGACCAGGAUGCAAACCGCUCUAAUCCUGACCCGGACCCUGAUCCCGAACCAGAACCAGAGGAGGGCGAGAUGUCGGACUACAGCUACGAGGAGGUUGAGGCUCGGCCAGGUUGGGCAGAGGAGAGCAUCAACUGGCAGAGGACCUUCUCAGUCAAUCCGAUGGACUUUGAGCUGUUGCGCUCUGACUGGAACGACCUGCGUUGCAAUGUGUCUGGCAACCUCCAGCUGGCAGAGAGCGAGGUGGUGGACGUGCUGGCGCAGUACAUGGAGAAACUCAAUGAACGCAACGGAGGGAUCUACACCCUGCUGCGAAUAAUCAACGUGGAGAAGCGGCGUGACUCUGCAAGGGGGAACCGUUAUCUGGUGGAGCUGGAGCUAAUGGAGAGAGGCCGCAGCGUGGUACGUCUGUCGGAAUACAUCUACCUGCUGCUCCACCGCAGCAGGCAAGGAGAGGAAAGUCUAGAGAACACUGACUCUGCCCCGGCCUCUGCACCGGCUUCUGCCCCAUCCGCUGCUACGUCCAGCCACGCCACCCCACCGCUUCCUCCCUCGACCAGGUCCCUCGCCCGACCCGGAGCGACCCCCUGGAGCACCGCCUAUGCUAAGCCUCUGCUCUGCCAGCCGGUCAUGCUGCAGUGGAGGAAAGAUGUCAUGGUGCACUUUGUGGUGCCAGUGAAAAACCAGGCUCGCUGGGUACAGCAGUUUAUCUCUGACAUGGAGAAUCUUCAUCGGCAGACAAAGGACGACAAUUUUAGCAUCAUCAUUGUCGACUUUGAGAGUGAAGACAUGGACGUGGAGCAGGCCCUUAGAGAGAGCGGUGUGCCAAGAUAUGAGUAUCUAAGGAGAGAAGGGAACUUUGAGCGCUCAGCAGGACUGCAGAUCGGAGUGGACACUAUUGAGGAUAGUCACAGCAUUGUAUUCCUGUGUGAUCUGCACAUCCACUUCCCUCUCAACAUCUUGGAAAGCAUCAGGAAGCACUGUGUGGAGGGACGGCUCGCUUUUGCUCCCAUUGUCAUGAGACUCGGCUGCGGUAGUUCACCACAGGAGCCUGAUGGUUACUGGGAGGUAAACGGCUUCGGCCUGUUUGGUAUAUAUAAGUCUGAUUUUGAUAAGAUUGGAGGGAUGAACACAGAGGAAUUCAAAGACCGCUGGGGUGGAGAAGACUGGGAGCUGCUGGACAGGGUACUUCAGAAUGGUUUGGAGGUGGAGAGACUACGCUUGAGGAACUUCUUUCAUUACUACCACUCCAAACGGGGCAUGUGGAACGCCCAAAACAAGAAAAAGGGAUAGCGCCCCCUGCUGGUCGGACGAUUCUGAACAUACCUGCAGAUCCACUGUGUGUGAGAGAGACCUGUAUGAGCUCGCUCACUGCCUGAACUGCCUUUUUGUUUUUUUUUAAACAGGCUCUGUUCAGGGACGCCUCUGUAUUGCCAUCGGCCCUUCUUGUAUGCUUGUCUGUGUGAGGAAACCAGGAAAUGAGUCCAAAUCUAAACUUUGGGAGCGAGCCGUUUAGGCAGACAGACCUGAGUCAUCACUUUGCCUCACUGACUGAACUACUGUACAGAGAGAAGAUAUUAGUUAUUUUUGUUCUCCUUCUCUCUGUCCUUUUUUGGUGCAAUGUUUUCAAACAGACUGGAAAGCAGCUGUUUUUGUGUGUGUGGGUGUGUUUGCGUGGGAUGCGUGGGAUAUGUAUAUAUAUUAGUGUACAUGGGUGUGUUGCCGCUUGUGUGUGCUUAUGAUUACAGGAAGCACCUUUUUUCUAACAAGGAGAUGUGAAGACAACCUAAGAUCUUUUUUCUAACACGCUCUCACAUGGGAGCUUAUAGAAUGUGUGUCAACAUGUUAUUCAGAUAGAUUCAGACAUGGUGGUGUAGCUCGAGUAGAGGAACUCUGUCUUUGGUAAACAUUUGUAUUUCUAAAUACAUCUACUACUACCUGUUGGAUAUCAUUAAUGAGUAUGAUUGAGGUGCUGAAGUUCUCCUGAUACCUGAUAGUAUGAAACAAGGAAGGUUUUUGAAUAAGAAAGCCCAUUUCCAAACAGAUACGUCAUCUUUAUAUCUUUUUUUGACCCUCUCUCGUCCCUCUGUAUAUUUUUUAUCUUCAUCUCAUUUCUGCCUUUAUCCAUUUUAAUGUCUAAUUUUUAUCUGUUCAAACAUUAUUUAUAGCAGUACUGCUGUUUUGUUUUACCUACUACCCCCACAUUAAUGCUACCUAUCAGUUAUGACUUGAUUCCUUUUGUUUCAUUAACUAAAGUUUAACUGAAGCAGUUGUCCAGUUAGUUAUUUAAAAUGGCUUUUCAUUUGUCCUGACUGAUUAUGGCUGCACUAACAUUUGGGGUGCUAUUUUAUGUUCUAAAACACUGAAUUUGUGAACCGUUUACACCUAUCAACUCUACUGACGGUAUCCUCCGUUCCCUCCAGAUCUCUAACCUCAUUGUCAACUAGAACAUAAAACUCUUAACAGGAGGGGAACAGAGGAAAACAACAGCUUUUUGACAUUUGAUUUAACAUUGUCACACAAUUUUUUAAGGCAUUUUAUGAGCUGAGAAUUGCAUUUCAACUAUUGGAUUUGUGGGAUUAAAACUCAAUCUCUCGUAUUAAAAUACCACAGAGACAGGGAAUGCUUAGCUAUUGAAAACAUCAACACUAUUUUAAGCUUGUAUAAAGCUACAUCAGAAGGGAGACCAGUUCAUGUUUUGGACACGAUGUGGUGAGACAUGGCUGUUUCACAAAUGUGUGCCUUUAUCAGGGUUUGGCUGCAGGCAGUUUUUAAACUACUCCAAUGACAGAAGAGGGCAGGGACAGACAGAAAUACAUCGUUAUUUAUCAGCAGGCUGUAAUGUCACUGUAAAUUCAGAUACACUGUAAAAGAAAGAAAUAUGGUUCUUGUCAAUGGAUUACAGACAUGUCAGUGUUUGUUAUAUUACCUUAGAAGCAGGAAGGAGUGGUCUUUACAAGCCAGUUGCCCCAUCUUGUGAGACAGGACAAAGAUGGUACUAAUGACGACUGAGUGAAAUCAGGAGGUGUGAAGGAGACUCACUGGCAGCUGCAGUCCAGCAGGACCCCACCUCCUCCCAUUACUUUGACUGGAGGCCGGGCUCCUAAUGCCUCUGUUUAUGCAACAUGGUACUUAUAUUGAUGGGGAGUGGCUGGAGGGCUCAAGGCUGGACAUAUAUAUGGCUGAGAGUUAAUGAUCUGUUAUUGACUAUAUGAUUGUCAAAAUGCCCUCCAAGACCCUUUCUUUGCCUCUACAGGAAAAAGGUCUAUACUGUACGUCAUUUAACACUGACAUGGGACUAUUUAAAGAACAAAAGAAACACAUUAAAUAUAAGACUAUAUAUAAGAAACAUAAAAAUGAAAAAUAGGAAUAUACAUUCCAAGGUAAUUUCUGUGAAAUUGUUUUGUAGGGAAAAGGUUUUAAGAAUGUAUUGUACUUUUAUUUUGAAUUGUUGGGUUUUUGCAAAUAAAAUUUUAUGCUUAUGUCCAGAUAA